UUUUUAGUUCCUAAACGAAAAAAAGAUUUAAAAGGAAGGCAUUUUGAAAACGAUGAUGAUAUCAAAGAAGCGAAGAGGGCUGGUUUCCAGACAUAACUCGUAUACUGGUGACUCACGGCGUCCACUGGCUACCCAUGGUGGACAAAAUCGUGGUUCUCCGGAACGGCGAGGUGGCCGAGGUGGGCAGUUACGAGGAGCUGGUCUCUCACGACGGGGACUUUGCCCAGUUCCUGAAGGAGUUCUUUGUGGCGGAGUCGGAGGAUGAGGAGGAGGGAAAAGAAGAUCCUGAGAUUGCCGAAAUGAAGAAACAAGUAUCACAGCGUCUGGAGCUGAUGACGGGCACGUCUUCUGGUGACGAGAGUGUCAAGCUCAGUCAGUCUUUCCGUCGUCCUGUGUCGUCAGUAGAAGGCGCCACACCCCGCAAAGACAAAGAUACCCCAGCAGGAAGCAGAGACCGGCUCACAGAGAAAAGGAUGGGCCUAAAACCCCCAAAAAUUGGCCAGAAACUGAUUGAAGAGGAGACGGCUGAAACAGGCACGGUGAGCAGACGUGUGUACUGGAAGUACAUGAAAGCCAUCGGACCUCUGUCGUUCCUGUUUAGCCUGUUUCUCUAUGCAUGUUACAUCGCAGUCACAGUAUUCAGCAGUAUUUGGCUAGCCCAGUGGACAGAUGAUAAAUACCUCGCCAACGUGUCUCUUAAAGAUACAGAAGAAUAUGUGGACAAGACGAAUCUUUACCUUGGCCUGUAUGCCGGAUUAGGAGCUUUCCAAGGGUUUUUCCUGUACACGUACGCCGCUACCAUACUGUGGAAGAUUGUGUCAGCGUCUGGCGCGCUACACAACAUGAUGCUGUCCAAUGUCAUGCGCUCCCCCAUGGCCUUCUUCGACACCACCCCAAUAGGUCGUAUCGUCAACCGCUUCUCACGUGAUGUGGACGUGUUGGAUUCCGAUCUACCGAACACAAUACGUGCAGCCAUUCGAAGCACUGGGCUAGUGAUGGUGGCACUGAUCAACAUAGCCUACAGCACGCCUAUUGUGCUCAGCGUCAUCUUCCCUAUUAUUACUCUUUACGUGCUUAUACAGCGGGUGUACAUGCCCGCCUCACGCCAGAUUCGACGCAUCGACUCCACCACCCGUUCACCUAUCUACGUCCACUUCUCUGAGACUCUCAGUGGUGCAGCCAGCAUCCGUGCGUAUGGUGCACAGCAGAGGUUUAUGGACCACUCAGAGACUUUGGUGGACUACAACUUCAAGUUUUACUUUGCCAGUAUUGCCACUUCCACCUGGCUCCAGGUGCGUCUCGAGUUCCUGGGUAAUCUGAUCGUCCUGGCGGCCGCCAUAUUUGCUGUGUCUGACAGUAGUCUCUCCGCCGGCCUGGCUGGACUGUCAGUCUCUUAUGCCACACAGGUGACUGCCUCCUUAGGUUUCCUCACCCAAGUUGUGACUCAGAUAGAGACGAAUGCGGUCUCUGUAGAAAGGAUUAUCGAGUACACAGAAACAGACGCUGAGGCGGCGUGGUACAACCUAGACAACCGCCCCGCCCCGGAGUGGCCCGAGGAAGGAAACCUUGAGUUUGAUGACUUACAGAUCCGCUACCGCCCGGGGCUGGAACUGGUUCUCAAGGGUGUCUCUUGUCAGCUCAAGCCAGGAGAAAAAGUGGGAAUCGUGGGUCGGACCGGGGCAGGAAAGUCUUCUCUGACUGUGGCCCUGUUCCGACUGGUGGAGGCUGCAGCUGGCAAGGUCCUCAUGGACGGUCAUGACAUCGCCUCACUAGGCUUACAUGACCUCCGCUCUCGCAUCACAAUUCUUCCCCAGGACCCUGUGAUCUUCUCUGGGACAAUCCGCAUGAACCUUGACCCCUCGGAGCAGCACAUGGACUCGGAAGUGUGGGAGGCUCUGGAGCAUGCACAUCUCAAGGACUUUGUGAAUGGUCUGGCGGGACAACUGGACUAUAACUGUGGGGAGGGAGGACAGAACCUCAG